GCCGAUCAGGUGCGCGGCGGCGCGAGCGGCGAGAUGUUAUUUUGACGCUCGGCGUGCAAUGUGUUGCCGGUGACGCAUGUGCACUGCUUUUUCGCGCUCGCGAUGAGUUUAUUAGACGCGAGUCGUUGAUACCCGCACGAGUGACGAGUUACUCACGAACCCAGUGUUUUUAGGUUAAGUAACGACUGUAAAUCGCGAUUUUCGUGUGUGCAGCAACGUGCAUGUGUGGACCUGUCGCUGCGGAUGCGGAUGCGUCAACGUCCAAGACGAAAAGGACGCGAGGAGGUUAGCUUCGCCGGCGGUCCCUUGGCAGUAAUGUUUCUUUGUAGCUGAACUUUCGACUCGGCGAUAUUGGACAAGAUACGGCCUAUAUACUUAUACAUAGUUAUAGUGUGCCCGCGUUAAAUGCCGGCAGAAGAUAAGAGAGCGGCUACCAAAGCGCCUGAUGGAAGUCAUCGAAUGAGCGUCCGCUGCCAAGCUAGCUACGAAAGUGACGGUACUUUUCGUGUCGACUUUAACCCCUGGCAGCAUAUCUCCGCGACCGGCAACAUAACGAGAUCGAGCUAUACUCAUUCAGCUCGUGCUCGCGAGACCAGCUGGGCCGCGCCUCCUCUCGCUAGAUCAAGUUUUGGUGAACAGGGGCUAAUAAGCCGAAAACCGGUUCAAUAUCAUGUCGUCGAAGGGCCAUACUUUUGACUCGAACUGCAUGACGCUGACACGUUUCGUGCUAGAAGAGCAGCGUAAAGUGCCCAGCGCCACCGGUGAUCUGACGCAACUGCUCAACAGCAUUCAAACAGCGGUUAAAGCCGUUAGCUCGGCUGUGAGGAAAGCCGGUAUUGCUAAUAUGUACGGAAUUGCCGGCACGACAAAUGUUCAAGGUGAAGAAGUGAAGAAACUUGAUAUUCUGAGCAACGAAUUAUUUAUUAACAUGCUCACAUCUUCAUUUACGACGUGCCUCCUUGUCUCCGAAGAGAAUCCCUCGGCCAUCGAGGUAAAGACCGAGAACCAUGGAAAAUAUAUCGUGUGUUUUGAUCCGCUCGACGGUUCGUCUAACAUCGAUUGCCUGGUCUCGGUCGGCUCGAUCUUUGGCAUUUACAAAAAAUUGGACAACAGCAAGCCGCCAAGUGUUUCGGAUGCUCUUCAACAAGGCAAGAACCUCGUAGCUGCUGGUUACGCUUUAUACGGGUCAGCCACCAUGAUGGUGCUGUCUAUUGGUCAGGGUGUCAACGGAUUUACUUACGAUCCAGCUAUUGGUGAAUUUAUUCUUACCGAGAAAAAUAUGAAGAUACCGUCGAGAGGAAAAAUAUACAGCAUAAACGAAGGAAACGAAAGAACGUGGGAUAAGGCUAUCAAGGAAUAUGUCGAUUUAAAAAAGAAUCCGUCAUCUGGAAAGCCAUAUGGAGCCAGAUACGUUGGAUCCAUGGUAGCUGAUGUUCAUAGAACGAUCAAAUACGGAGGCAUUUUCAUGUAUCCCGCUACAAAAGACAAUCCUAAUGGCAAACUUCGCUUGUUGUACGAGUGUAUUCCAAUGGCUUACAUUAUUAAGGAAGCUGGUGGACUGGCAUCAAAUGGAGAAAUCAACAUCUUAGAUAUAGUGCCAAAAGACAUUCAUCAAAGAUCUCCCAUAUACUUAGGUUCGACCGAAGAUGUCGAAGACGUUCUCAAUUGCAUAAAGAGGCACAAGUAACUGCACUCUGAUUAAGUUCAUGACUUAUCUGAGCAUUAUGUUUAAGAAAAACUAUUUUUACUUGCAUUUAUACAAUAUCUCAAGUAAAUCUAUACACAUUUAAGACAAUCAAAAUUCACAUUCGAAAUGAAAUAAUCAUUUGUAAUUUAGCUAUAACUUAUGCAUUUGUAAUUCCUCAGAAGCUAUUUUCGGUAAAACCAUAAAUGUAUACUUACUCUGUAGACAAAAAUAAAUGUUUUUCUAGA